AUGAGUACUGUUGUAGUUGAAACUGAUGAAGAUGAUAUUCUUGUAUUGAGAUACAACGCGCCUCCUCCUCAUCUACGCCACCAAUCAGAUAAAGAAGAGCAUACAGGAUAUUUGAACAACACAUAUAUAGAUUGGAGUACUGAAUCUCAUAAGCAAAACUCCCCCAAAACAACAGCCACGAUAUGGAUAGUACUUAUAGUACUGUCAUUUGCCAUUGGAUACAUCACAUUAUUUGCUGACUUAGUACUGGUUUGGCUUCAUGAUUUCAAAAAGGGUAUAUGUGUACUAAAGGCUCUGCGACAUGAAGAUGCUAACGAACUUGACCAUCCUUCAAGACAUUGGUCAAUAUUCCAUCCAUAUCUGACAUGUGAAGAUACCAAUUGGAAAACGUGGUCACAGUUUUUCUUCAAUUCCAAUAUUGCUCCCAUGAACUUCUUUUUAUAUGUCAUUGGAGCUUUGUCAAUGGCUCUUUUAGGGCUGAUAUUUGUUAAAAAAGCAAAAGUCCCCAUUAGAGAGAGUGGGAUUCCAGAGAUCAAAUUGAUAAUAAGCGGGUUCAAGUAUAAUGAAGAUUAUUUAAGUUUGCAUACGUUUGCUAUGAAAAGUUUAAGUUUGAUUUUGGUCGUGAGUUCUGGACUUUGGUUGGGGAAAGAAGGUCCUUUAAUUCAUAUUUCAAGUUGUAUUGUACUGGCUUCUUAUUACAUCUUUGUGAAAGAUACCAAUGAAGCAACAUUACGUGAAUUAAUUAGCGCUGCAACUGCAAUGGGGAUAGCAGUAGCUUUCAAUGCUCCAAUUGGCGGAGUCCUUUUCAUUAUUGAAUUAAUACCAACAUAUUUUUCACCAGUUAAAGUUAUGUGGAAAACUUUCAUUAGUUCUACUAUAUCAGUUUUGAUUUUGAUCCAAUUUAAAAUCUUUACUGGCAAUUUUUUUGAAGAGGAUUUGUUUGAUGUUAAGUUUGGGAAUGUCAGUUGGUUAUUUAUGGAAAUUAUUCCCUUCAUCAUAUUAGGAAUUCUUGGUGGAUUCUAUGGAUAUGCUUUUGUUUUUUUAAAUCGUUAUUUUAAAGGAAAGAGGAAGACUCUUUACGCUUAUUUAAGGACACGUUUCCCAGCAAUUGACCCUUCAAUAAUGGAAAUAGUAUUGGUGAUCAUUAUAACCACUAUAGUGGCUUACCCUAUUCAAUUGAGCAAAGUAACACUAGAUUCGUUAUUCAAUAUGAUGGCAACCAGUUGUACAGAAGAUUCACCUUUAUUUAUUUGUCAUCAAAAACUAUUAGCACCAAAAGUAUUGUACAUUAGCAUCACAGGGUUCUUAUUGUCUAGUUAUACCUUUGGUAUUGAUCUUCCUGGUGGUGUUCUUAUGCCUUCAUUAGUUAUUGGAGCUUGUUCUGGUAGAUUAAUAGGGAUUGCCAGUCAAAGUAUUCAAUCCAGAUUGAUUAAUGAAACAACUUGUACUGCUAAAUCAUGUCUUAUUUCUCCUUCAUCUUAUGCGGUUAUUGGAGGUGCUGCGUUCUUAACAGGAAUUACCAAACUUACCAUUAGUGUAGUGGUUAUCAUGUUUGAGUUAACAGGUGCUGUUUCCUAUGUUCUUCCUAUUAUGUUGGCAGUGAUGACUCUGAAGUUUGUCAAUGAUUGGCUAACCAAUGAAAACAUCUACAAUGCCACUCUCAAAUAUGAUUUCAAUAAUGGAGAGCAAGUCUCUCAGAAUCAAGUGAAUGAAGGGAAGGGAAGUGGUCUUGUUCAAUUUGAUAAUGCGGUAACUAUGCUUCGAAACAAAUUGCCAGAUUUACCAAUUUUACAAGUAAUGAUACCAACAGAAUUAACCAAAUGUAUUCAUUUGGUUGGAGAUUGGAAAACUUGUCAGCAAUGGAUUGAAUUCAUACAUGAUGACAAUCAUGAAGGGUAUCCUGUGAUAUUCAGCAAAGACAAACCCAUUUCCUUAGGGUAUGUCAAUAAAGUUGAACUUCUUCUUGCACUAAAUGAUACUUCGGGCAGCAUUGUGCAAUUCCAAUUAAAGAACUCGCUCAAAGUUAAAAAGGAAAUUAUAAUACCAACUCCAAGUAUCACUAUUCCUAUAAGUGUUCAAAAGAGUGAAUUGAGUCUUUCGGAUCAAUGUCCAAUGAUAACAGUGAUUGAGAUCUUUGAGAAAAUGAAUAUAAAUUAUCUUAUAUUUAAUGAUUCCCAAGGUUGGAUGAUAGGAUUCAUUGACAGGUUUAUUUUGGCUAAUCUUAUUGAGACGGAAUUUAGUUCAUUACAUUAUUCUAUUCAUUCAACUGACUUUGAUAUCGAGGAAGUAGAAGAAGAAUCUGAGAGGGUCAAGCAUUUGCUAAGACCUAAGGCUAAUCUGCAGUUGAUAACAUAA